AUGAAGGAGGAGAAUUCAGUGCGUUUUCUGUCAUUUCACUGAAAGGUUUUUAUGUGUCUCGUUUUGUUUUUACGAGGGAUAUGUGAUAAACAGUUCAGCUUACUUUUAUAAAACAAUCGCCUAAAUUGACUUGAAAAUGACAACAAGUGAUCGAAAACUAUUAAGGUUUAUGCCCCCGAAAUCAUUCGUUCAUCAUGAUUUUUGGUACAAACUGGCGGAUAUCAAAUUAAACAUCGAUAAGUUGAAAGAUUCGGCUAAACAUAUCUACGCUUUCAUAAGUGACACAGAUCAGUCAAAAUUGUUGGUGGAAGUUGAUUGUUCAUCAUUCAACAGUCAGCAGACGAUUUCGGCAGCUAACAUCAAUUGUUAUGGCAUUUUAUUGAACAAGAACACUAUCGAAGAAUUCAAAGGAACAGAUAAAAAUGAUCUCAUUAGACGUACAAGUGUUGAAUAUUUGCAGCAACUGCUUUCAAAGGAUAAAGUUGAACACAGUUCAGAAAUAUUUUUCUUCAUUUUGUUCUCCUAUGCGGAUUUCAAAACCCAUAAGUAUUACUAUUGGUUCGCUUUCCCUGCUUUGCGGGAUGUUAUUUACAAUUGUGAAAAACAACAGCAAUUGUUGUCGAUACAUUUCGAAGAUGAUAUGCUGAAUGUGUUUCAGAAACAAAUGGAAAAUUUCAGUCGAAAAUUUGCUGAGCCUGUAUUUGUAUACAAUGAAUCAAAUUGUGAAAUACUCAAAUUAUCUGAUCUAGUCAGUCAUAUUAGUAAGGAAGCAAAUUUCAAAGAUGUACCCUUGGACAGCACAUACAUUUGCUGUAAAGAUCAUUCCACUGGCGAAAAUCCAAGCUGGUUAUUGAGACAACUGCUAGGAUAUUUAGUGUACACAUGUCCUCAACUAGCAAAUAAAGAAGUCAAGCUGAUUUGCCUUAGAGAAACUUUGCAGUCUAGCGUUGUGCUGUACAUAACGAUACCUGCCACGCAGUUUAUCGCUGGAAGCGACCUUUGGACUGGAUGGGAAGCAAAUGAGAACGGAAAGCUCCUUCCGAAAUUGGCAGAUAUGUCAAAAGUUAUGGAUCCUCAAAUACUAGCGGAAAGAUCAAUCUCUUUGAAUCUCACUCUUAUGAAGUGGAGAUUACUCCCCAAUCUGGAUUUAGAUAUUAUAAGUCGAACCAAAUAUCUUCUGUUGGGGGCCGGUACCUUAGGAUGCGGAGUUGCUCGGUCUUUAUUGGCAUGGGGAGCACGGCAUAUAUCGUUCGUAGACUAUGGAAAUGUUUCCCUGUCAAAUCCAGUUCGCCAAAGCUUAUACAUGUACGAGGAUGCACUGCAUGGUGGAAGACCAAAGGCUUCAACUGCGGCCAACAGGUUGAAGGAAAUUAAUCCCUGUGUUACAUCUACGGGGUACUGCUUAAAAAUUCAUAUGCCAGGACACUCGAUUGGCGAAUCGCAAUUAGAGGAGACCAAUGAGGCGCUUGAAAAAUUGGAAAGUCUAAUACAAGACCAUGAUGUGAUUUUCUUGCUCACAGAUUCGCGGGAGAGCCGUUGGCUGCCAACUAUGUUAGCUGCGUAUUAUAAGAAGAUGACGAUUAACGCUGCACUCGGAUUCGAUUCGUUCCUGGUUAUGCGACAUGGCAGUCAGUCAAAUUCCUACGUUCCACAAAAUGUAAAAGUUGAUGGGUUCAAAGAAGUUCUUGGAUCUCAAUUAGGUUGUUAUUUUUGUAACGACGUCGUAGCUCCGGGGAAUUCUCUCAAGGAUCGUACUCUGGAUCAGCAAUGUACUGUAACAAGGCCUGCUGUUGCUUGUAUGGCGUCUGCUCUUGCCGUAGAGCUUGCUGUUGCUUUGUUACAGAACAACGCAAGAGAUGGCGCUUCAGCUUAUUAUAAAACAUCGAAUAACGCUGGUAAUGUAGAAGAUAUUCCCGAGGAUAUACUCGGAAUCGUUCCUCAUUCUAUACGUGGGAACAUCAGUGUUUUCAGCUAUCUUAUCACUGCAACGGAACGAUUUUCUCAGUGCAUUGCUUGUUCGAAGCAAAUAUUGGAAAAGUUUGAUCGAGAGAAGAGGAGCUUUGUUAUGGACGCUUUGAACUCGGCAAAAAUUUUGGAGGACGUUGCCGGAAUAUCAAGUUUAACAUGUAGCGUAGAGGAAAUGAUCGACUUUAGUGGUAGUGACACCGAAUAAAUUAUGAUUUUUUUUGCAAUUUUAUAAUGAAUAUUUAUAUUAUUUAAAGAGGAAAUAAAGUUUUAAAAUGUGAAUUCGGAAGAA